UUUGAUAUGGCUGAGGAGCCCACUCAAAUAUUUUUCUAAUGAAAUAGAGACCCCUAUGAGGAGAAUCUUAAAUCCUCUCCUCCUUUGCCUCUUUAGAUUGAGAGAAUAAGGAAGGUUGGCUCUUGUUUUUGUCCAAAGACUUGAGCUUGAGAAGGGGAUCAAAUUUCCAUGUAAGGAUACAACUCUGGUCUUCUCUUCUCUCUUCUCUCUUCUCUCUCUUGCCAAAUAAAGGGAUUUGAGCUAGAAGAGGAAUUAUGGAGUUUUAAAGGGUUGUUAGUUGCAUUUCCCUUGAUCUCAAAUACCAGAACCAGGAAAGUUUUUUGCCUUAUUUGUUCAUGUGUUUUAUCUUUAUUCAAUCAAAUGGAAGAAUCAAGGAAUUGAUAAACAGAAUAAGGCCAUGUUCUGAAGUCAAGGAGUUGAUAAAAAGAACAAAGUUCAAUGGGGAAGUUUCUGAAACAAUAUGACAGAGAAUACAUGAAAAUGGCCAUGUUAAAGCAUGAAGAGACCUUCAAACACCAGGUCCAUGAAUUACAUCGACUUUAUCGAAUUCAGAAGGUUUUGAUGAAUGAUAUGAAGGCAGAACUGAAGAAGCAGCAGGCUUCAUUCAAUUCAGAAAGUAAACCAUUCAAGAACUGCACAGAAAAGAGAAGACUGAAUCAAACACUUGAUCUUGAACUAAAUGCAGAAGAAUAUAUUGGAAAAGAAAGCAAAGAUGGGAUUCCAAAAGCUGAAGAAGAGGGAGAACUUGAGCUGACUCUGGCUACUGGAAGCAGGAGGAGGAAGAAAGAAGAAACAUCUUUCACUUCAGAUUCUGGAGUAAGUUUCUCAUGGUCUUCAGCUGAUUCAAGUGGUGUGAAAUUAAAAGGGAAAGAAUGGGGAUUGUUUCAGGUGAACAGCUUUCAAAGUGAGAGGAAGAGUUCUUUUGAUGUUGAAGAACAAGUGAGGCAGAAUAGUAUGAAUCAGCCACCUUGGCUCAUGCAGUGUUUGAGUUUGAACAUGACAUGAUUAGCCUUUUUUUAUGAUCAUUUUCAAUAUAAAUAUGCUUGUUUAAUCUUAGGGAUCAUAUUUUUCUUGAGUGAACAAAGCUAAGUAUUGCUAUUUGAGAUGAAACUAACCUA